AUGUUUUUAAGUUUUGAUACUGCAUUACAGUUUUUUUACAGUUGUUCAACCUUUUCAUUUGUGUUUCUGUGUUGUUUUUUUUCUCAGCAUAUGAACACCAUAUUCUAUUACCUUCGGAAAAAAGGUAAAUAUUCUUCCGCUGUGACGUUGAAUUUCGCAACUACUGAUUGUCUCUUUGAUGAUUCCAUCCAAGCUUUGUACCACAAAUAUAACAAGGCCAAGUCAAUGAAGACUAAGAUGUCACACAUUCACGCUGCCCACCCAAUAGCGCAUUACAUCCGAGGUAUGCGCAUUCCCUGUUCCAAGCCUUGGUAUGAAGCCGAUCAUGUGUUAUUCAUCAUCAAUUUAAGAAGGGAAAGUCAUUGGGUGUUUGGGCGUCUUGACUUGAACGAAGGGAUGUUGUUUCUGUACAAUUCUUUGAGGACCGCGAAGAUGAAUGCAGCAGCUAGGAAUGCCAUGAAGGCUUAUUCUGUGUUGUUGCCUUUGUUUUUCGAUUUACUUGGGUUUUGGAAGAAUAGGGCACAAGCUCCUACCUCAAGUUCUGACCCUACAGCUCCCUUAAGAAUCGUGGAGCUUAGUGGUCUUCCGUCUCAGCAGAAGAAUGAUUGCGGAGCAUAUGUUGCUGCCUUUGCUGAAUUCUUUAUCCACGGAAAGGAUGUCCCUGCGGACUUUGACAUCGAAGUUUAUCGUACCCGACUUGCUUCACUUUUCUUCUCGUACGGCCAAAGGAAAAUUGAUGAAAGCAUUGACAGCGAGGAUGAGAAGCAAAACAAGUCUUCUAAGACAUCUAAAUUGAAGAAAUAGGAUCUUUUAAUUUGGUGACUCUUUUCUGUUAUUUGUUGAAUCUAUUACCAGACAAUAUUUAGUGUUAUUGGUUGAAUGUAGGUAUUAUAUUUGAUUUUAUACUAUGCACCUGGUUUAAAACUUUUAGGAUAUUUGACAUUUACUCCUUAUAAUAUUGUAUAGGUUUGUAUUUCCCAAAGUUGUUUGUUUUUUUAAUUGUUCAAGUUCUUUUAUACGGUCGCACAACUAUGGAGAAACUAUUAACCAACUGAAUACAAACAAUGUUUUUAUUUUUUCUAAAUUGUGCUAUGAAUGUAUUUUUAUUCUUCGUAUUCCAUUAAUCAUUUUCCCUUUAUUUUAGUUAUGUUUUAUCAAUUCUUGACUGACUGCCUUUAAAACUGUAAAGAAGAAGUCAUUCCGGUACUUAAUAUUUACAAAGGGUCACAACUGUAACAAAACGAUUUUGAAACUAUUAAAAAACUGUUUCAAAUUUCAUAAAAAUGAAAUCCCAUGUAUUUAGAACAUCACAGAUUAACCUGUUUGAAUUUGCACACAAAAUUAAACAAUUUAAAUAUUUCAUAUGUAUCUAUUUUAUUGCUUGAUUGUUGCAUGUCUUUCGAUUGUGUCCGUGUUGUCCACAUUUGCUGCACCUGUUAUAUUUU